GAUUCUGCUAAGUAAAUAAGGGGAUGUAUAUAAAAGAUCGAAUCUUGGUACUGGCCAGAGGUGUCCAAAAUGAUCUUCAAAAUGUUCUUUGUUCUAUAUGUUAUUGGAGUGAGAGAAGUGGCAUGUUGUUGCUUUGGGUGUCCCUUAGUAACAGAAGAAAUGGCCAAGACCUGCAUUACUACUGACCCGGAAUGUGCCUCAGUGCCAGUUAGUGAGGGAAAAUGUUUCAAUGGAUGCACUAUAACAUGUUUAACUAGGUGUCCCAUGGUAACAGCAGAUAUGGCCAAGACCUGCAUAACUACUGACCCGGAAUGUGCUGCAGUGCCUCUGAUGGAAAACAACUGCUUCAAUGGAUGCACUAUAAUCUGUUCAAAGCUCAAGGUUGACGACCGCAACAGUACAACUGUAAAACCAGCAAUGAAAUGAAUAUUUACGGGAUUGUAAAAGAGAAAAGAAGAUAAUUCAAAGAGUGCGGGAAAGUGUGUUUGGAAAUAAAUAAAACACACAAAUAUUAUCAAAAGUUGAUAUGUUCCAUUUAGUUUAGUUAUUAAUGACAAACAGCCGUGUAUGCGUCCCACAAGUGCCAUCCGUCAUGU